AUGGAAAAGCUCUCAAGUUUCAAUCUAACCUCUCAUCGCAUUGCUCCCGGAAAGCACAUCGCAAUGACUUUCACCUCACCUUACCCCAAAGGCGUUUUUGAGCACAAUUUCAGGGCUAAAAAUCCGAAAGCAGAAUCAUCAAAUUUACAGAAUCAAAGGGAUGGGGACAAGUUCGACUCCAGUCUCCGGUGGGGUAAAAAGUUCGUUGGGGGAUUGUUUUUCGAAGGUUUUUCAAAUAUCGAUGACGAAAUUAUCGGUUUGAAGGAAGACGGCGAUGACCAGGGAGUUGUAUUACGGCGGGUACAGGUGAAUCAAGUUGGAUAUUGCACUGGCUAUGAAAUUGAAGUGGGAGGUGGGUUUCUGCUAGAGGUGAAUGCCAUCGAAGUUGAGGUAGAAGAAACCGACAGCGAACGGGAGAGACGUGAAUUGGAACUCAUAGAGCGCGCUAUGUCUUGGUUAUAG